GGAUUCCCGAGUCCCCUUUCCCUCAAAAUGAUACCUUCCUGGGGCAGGGCAGGCUUGCUCUUCGGCCUUGCGUUUGGUAGCAUCGCCGCAGCCGAAGAUGUCAUUACUAGUGAUUCCUACUUCUAUGGAGAGUCUCCUCCUGUAUACCCCUCCCCCCAGGGAGUUGGCGCAGGGAACUGGGCUUCUGCAUACAAGAAAGCCAAGGCCUUCGUUGCCCAGCUCUCCGAUGAUGAAAAGGUCAACCUCACUGCCGGUGUCUCUUCCAACACUGGCUGCUCCGGAAUCAUCCAGGGCAUUGACCGGCUGGGGUUCCCGGGUAUAUGCAUGAGCGACGCGGGGAAUGGACUGAGAGGGACCGACUAUGUUAACGCUUGGUCGUCUGGAAUUUCAGUUGGCGCCAGCUGGAACCGCGAUCUCGCCAACGAACGAGCUAUCCAUAUGGGCAAAGAAUAUCGCAAAAAGGGCGUCAACAUGAUUCUUGGCCCCGUUGUUGGUCCCCUCGGACGUGUGGCCCUCGGGGGCCGCAACUGGGAAGGAUUCGCCGCUGACCCCUAUUUAAGUGGCAUUCUGGUAGCUGAGUCUGUAAAGGGCCUUCAGUCCCAGAAGGUUGCUACAUCGCUCAAGCACUAUAUCGCCAAUGAACAGGAAAUCAAUCGUAACCCUACGACUGAUUCUGAAGGAAACGCCGUCCAGUCUGUAUCGUCUAAUCUCGAUGACAAGACAAUACAUGAGCUGUACCUUUGGCCAUUCCAGGACGCGGUACUUGCUGGUACCACGAACAUUAUGUGUUCGUAUAACCGGUUGAAUAAUUCCUAUGGCUGUCAGAAUAGUAAGAUACUGAACGGUCUUUUGAAGACUGAACUCGGCUUCCAGGGAUACGUUGUCACUGACUGGGGCGCCCAGCAUGCUGGAAUUGCUGGCGCUAAUGCUGGACUGGAUGUUGCUAUGCCUUCCUCUGAGACAUGGAACAGCAAUCUGACAACCGCCAUUGCCAAUGGAUCCAUGGAGGCCUCACGUCUGGAUGACAUGGUUACACGUGUCAUGGCAACCUGGUACUACCUCGACCAGGACACUGCCUUCCAAUCCCCCGGAAUUGGAAUGCCCAAGAGCAUAAGCGAGCCCCACCAGGCCGUCAUUGCCACAUCGCAGGACGCAAAACCAGUCCUCCUGCAAUCCGCAAUCGAAAGCCACGUGCUAGUAAAGAAUACCAAUGGCGCACUCCCGCUCAAAUCUCCGAAACUGAUAUCUGUAUUCGGAUAUGAUGCCUACGGCCCGAUGACCAUGGACUUGAGCAAUAAUUUUAACUUUGGCACAACGCGGACCAGGUCAGACUUGUAUAAAAACCGGACGUUGCACGUCGGUGGUGGAUCUGGGUUGAAUUCACCUGCCUAUCUUGACGCCCCCAUUGACGCUAUUCAGCGCCGGGCGUACGAAGACGGCUCGUCCGUUCUUUGGGAUUUCACUUCUGAAAAUCCCAACGUGGAUUCUACAUCGGACGUGUGCCUUGUCUUCAUCAACGCCUACGCUGAGGAGGGCUUCGACCGUAAAGCACUAUCCGACAGCCACAGCGAUAGCAUCGUAACCAACGUCGCGAAGAACUGUUCCAACACCAUCGUUACCGUCCACAACGCCGGUAUCCGCACUGUUGAAUCGUGGGUCGAUCACGCAAAUGUCACCGGUAUCAUCUUCGCGCAUCUUCCUGGCCAGGACACGGGACGGGCCUUGGUGGAGCUUCUAUACGGCGACUCGAAUCCAUCCGGUAAGCUCCCGUAUACUGUGGCUAAGAAGCCCUCGGAUUAUGGAUCCCUCCUUGAACCGUCGCUACCGGAAGGAAAGUAUAAGUAUUUUCCUCAAUCUAACUUCUCGGAGGGGGUGUACAUCGAUUACCGCGCCUUUGAUAAGGAUGGGAUCGAGCCGCAGUAUGCCUUUGGGUUCGGCCUUUCAUAUACCACAUUUGAGUACUCCGGCUUGAGGGUGUCGAAGAAGGGUAAGGCUGCUGCCUACCCUGCCAAAACAUCGAAAGUAGUCCCAGGAGGAAAUCCGCGACUCUUCGACGAGCUGGUCACUGUGACGGCCACGGUCAAGAACACAGGGUCCGUUGAUGGACAGGAGGUUGCCCAGCUGUAUGUUGGAAUCCCUAACGGGCCUGUUCGUCAGCUUCGUGGUUUUGAUAAGGUGGCUAUCAAGGCUGGAAAGUCGGCGAGGGUUACUUUUGCUUUAACGCGGCGGGACUUGAGUACUUGGGAUACGGAUGCGCAGGAGUGGCUCCUCCAGAGGGGGGAUUAUAAGGUCUACGUUGGUAGGGAUAGUAGGGACUUGCCCCUUGAGAAUACUUUGUCCUUUUAGUUCUAACUUUAAUAAUUUGUGCACGAAUAGUGCGGUUGAAGAGUCCUGGGAAACACGUAGAGAUUCAGCCCCCUCGCCCGUUCCUUAAUAGCAUCAGGCUUUCAGAUCACAGCGGUACAUUAUGUCCUUCGGAGCAUGUACACUGUAGUAUAGAUCUAUGUUAACUGGAGGAGUGCUAGUAUACUGCAG